AUGGCUGAAUUCCAACCGGACGACAAACGUCCGGACGCCACCGCGCAGUACAAUGACCACGACGAUUCUGUUGUGGGAGUAAUGGAUGGGUUCGACGAGCCACAGAUUACCCCGAUGCGCUCCAAGCCUAGCCCUCCACCUACGCCUGACAGGCUUGAGUCAAAAGGAGAUCGCGAGUUUGAAGACAGGGGACGUCCCUCUGGUAUUGCAGGAAGUGUUAUUCUAUCCAAUGCUGCGAAGAAGAAGAAAAAGAAGAACAAAAAGCCAACUGCCCUCAAUGGAACUGCAAGUCCGAUCACUGUGCACGGCUUUACUCCCAUAGAUUCCGGUGCUGAAGAUUCCGAUGGCUCUUCACGACCAACGCCUCGAGUGCUAUCGCCUCUACCACGAUUGCCAGGCUUAAACUAUUCUCGACCACAAUCUCCUGGAGUGUCGGGCCUACGAGCCCAGCUAGAAGCUCUUGAGGUCCGCAGUCGGUCUACUUCGAGACAACGACCAAUCGGAUCUGGAACACCGAGCACUACAGGUGCGUCCGACGAUCAGGAUGAUUCGACAGAAGAGAUGGUGAGCUACGAUGUUCCUCUAGACCGAGACUUCGUCAGCACUUCUCUCGAUGAUAAAGUUGGUCAAGCAGAAGUUGAUGCAGACCAGAAAGCAACAUCCGUGCUGCGAAAGAUGACUGCCGAUGACUUUACACCAAUCAGAUGUCUUGGUGACGGCGCAUUUGGUACAGUCCUGCUUGUUCGCCAAAAAGCCACUGGUCGUCUAUUUGCUCAGAAGACUCUAAGCAAGGCAACUUUGAAGGUCCACAAGAGAGUGGUCGAUCGAACCAUGUCAGAACGUCAAAUCCUCGAGCUCGUCAAUAGACAGCCCUUUAUUGUUGAUCUUUAUUACGCGUUCCAAGAUCAUGAGCGACUAUACCUGAUUUUACAGUAUGCUGAAGGCGGCGAACUUUUUCGACACCUGGAGCUGGAGAAAUUCUUCUCAGAAGAGGUCACAGCCUUCUACAUGGCUGAAAUUGUUCUAGCUCUGGACUUUUUGCAUCGCAAGAUUGGUGUCAUCUACCGAGACUUGAAGCCCGAGAAUUGCCUGCUCGAUGCAGAUGGUCAUCUUCUGUUGACUGAUUUUGGGUUGAGCAAAGUCGCCGUCAAAGAUGUCGGUACUCCUGGCGGCAGUCGUUGCAACAGCUUGGGGGUGGGCACCAUCGAGUACAUGGCACCUGAGCUUAUUCGUGGAUCUAUGGAAUCCGAUUUUGGCCCAGGAUAUGGUCUCGCAUGCGAUUGGUGGAGUCUUGGAGCUAUGGGUUGCGACUUGAUGACCGGAAAACCACCAUUUGGCGGCGGUAACUGGAGCAAGAUCCAGCAAAACAUCAUGCAUCAGAAGCUGAAUCUUCCGUUCUUCCUUACACCAGACGCCAAAGAUCUACUGACACGCUUCUUGCGCAAGGAGCCCAGAAAGCGGCUCGGUGUUGGCCUGAACGAUCUGGCCAUUAUCAAAAAGCAUAGAUUCUUCAAGAAGAUUGAUUGGAAAAAGCUCGAGCGAAGAGAGGUCGAACCACCGAUAAGACCAUUGAUCACUGACCCUGCUCUCGGAGAAAAUUUCGCGACUGAGUUCACAGAUCGACCUAUAAACGAGUUUAUCACCCAGCAUAAUCGUACACUUUCGAAGUCAGAUCCAUUUGGUGGAUUUAGCUAUGUGGCCAGUCAUAGCUUUCUGGAGGCGUCUUUACUCGCUGAUCUGGACGAAGAAGCUGUCGGCGAAUGA